AUGGCGACCAUCCAGGCCAUCGAGGCUCGUUCGGUCCACCAAAUUCAAUCCGGCCAAGUUAUCGUAGACCUGUGCUCCGUCGCCAAAGAACUGGUUGAGAACAGCCUCGAUGCCGGCGCAACUACGAUAGAGGUGCGAUUCAAGAACAAUGGACUGGACUUGAUCGAGGUGCAGGACAACGGAAGUGGCAUCUCGCCGGAGAACUAUGAGAACGUCGCACUAAAACACUACACCUCCAAACUAUCCUCCUUCGACGACCUCUCAAGCCUCCACACCUUCGGCUUCCGCGGCGAAGCUCUUUCCUCACUAUGCGCCCUCGCCGACUUCCACAUCACCACAGCCCAAGCGAAUCAAGUUCCCCGUGCAAAUCGACUUGACUUUGAAAUAUCCGGCAAACUCCGCAAAACCCAGAUCGUGGCCGGACAAAAGGGAACCACCGCAUCCGUGGAGGGCAUUUUCAAACGACUCCCCGUACGCCGGCGCGAAUUGGAGAAAAAUAUCAAGCGGGAAUAUGGGAAAGUGUUGAAUCUACUCCAUGCAUACGCUUGCAUCAGUGCCGGAGUCAAAUUCAGCGUCCGGAACACCGUUGGCAAAACGAAGAACGUGGUUGUUUUCUCUACGAAUGGGAAUCGUACCACGAAGGAGAAUAUUGCCAAUGUAUACGGGGCCAAGACGUUGUCUGCGCUGAUUCCGCUUGAUCUCGAGCUGGAAUUUGAACCUUCUGCGCCUAUGAGAUGCAGUGGUGUCGGUGGUGGUGAUGGACAAUCUAAUCAGUUGGUGGUUAGGGGACAUAUCUCUCGACCUGUCUUUGGCGAGGGACGCCAGACACCGGAUCGACAGAUGUUUUUUGUCAACUCACGGCCUUGUGGGCUACCGCAGAUUGCAAAGGCAUUUAAUGAAGUUUAUAAAUCGUUCAAUGUCUCGCAAUCACCGUUUAUCUUUGCGGAUUUUCAGAUGGAUACGAAUGCUUAUGAUGUGAAUGUGUCACCGGAUAAGCGGACGAUUCUACUGCAUGAUGCGGCGGCGCUGAUUGAGUCGUUGAAGACGUCUUUGGUGCAGCUAUUUGAGGCUGCGGAUCAGACGGUUCCUCAGUCGCAGGUGCUUGGCUCUAAGGCUUCGACGACGGCCAAGAAGCAAGCACUGGGGUCGCUUCCUGGGUUUGUUACUGCGCGACAAGUUAUCCAGGGUACUCCAGGGCCUGCAGUCACGCCGGCCCGGGGCCAGGAUGUUGAUGACUCUGAAAAGGAGUCAGAGGCCUCGCAACGGACUGUGCAGAAUAGUAUCAAGCGCUUUAUGAGCAACCGGGGCGAGUCUGAUGAAGUUGAUACUUUGUCGACUCCUAUAAAAUCUACACCGAAUUCCCAGCAGACACCGAUGCCAUCAUUAGUUGAGCCUUCUUCCACUGAGCCUGACGACGAGAACGAUGAUCAGUCCGAACAACCGUUGGACAAUGAGAUGGAUGAAGAAACCCCUCAACCACCUCCACGGCCAUCUUCUCCGCCCGCAGAACCCGAUUCAGCACUAUCACAACAAUCAGAUGAGUCUGAAGAGAUGCCAAACGUGGUGCAGAACGCCUUUGACCGAAUGCGCCCUCGUCGAAUGCCUGCUGAGAUGGCUACUAUCACUAUUGGCGAUCACAUGGUUACCUCCAUGAUUGGCAGCGGUCGUCCGCGAAAGCGAGCAUCUGAUGUCGGGUAUUCGUCUCAUGGACAGACCAAGAAGAAACGACGAAUCCAUACGCCGUCACGACCUAAUAUAUUUGGAGUGCAGAUGAAGGCUUUUGCAGCGCCUGGGACGCAGAUGGAUGAAGAUGAGGGAGAAGAGGAAGAGCAAGGGAGUGGAGAUGAUGCGAGUGAGACGAAUGAAGAUGGCGUUAUUGAUGAAGAGGCCGAAGAAGCUCCCGAGGAGGAGGGGGAGGAGAAAGCCUACUCUUCCGAGCCAGAGGAUACCGAGUAUAUCUCCGAAGGAACCCGCGAGUCUCCUGAUGGGGAGGCCGAGAAUGACCAUCAACCAAUCGAAAAAGCAUCGGCAGCAGAGACGGAUGAGAAUGCCCUUGACGAAGCCGAGAAAAAAGCCCAAGAAGAAGCCACGGUUCAACGGCUCAUCCAUCAAGCUGAAGAAAAGGCCGUCCUUCCAUCCGAGCACAAUACCAGUCGUGCGAACAAAAUGAACAAAGGUGCCGCACACCGUGAUGCCACUGUUCAACUCGUCACUACCAUCGAUGCCUCGGUCUCUAAACUUGAAACCCAGAUGGCCAAACUACGAGAAAGCCUCCAGACACAGAAAGUGUCAUCCCGCAAAGCAGACACCGAGCUGAGCGACGAGAAAACCGCAGAAGACCGCCUCUCGCUCACCGUGAGCAAAGCAGACUUUGCCCAAAUGCGCAUCAUCGGACAAUUCAACCUGGGUUUCAUCAUUGCCGUCCGGCCGGGCGAAGACCACGACGAGUUAUUCAUCAUCGACCAGCACGCCUCGGACGAAAAGUUCAACUUCGAGCGUCUCCAAGCUGAAACGGUCGUUCAAAACCAACGUCUCGUCCGACCACAGCGACUCGAUCUCACCGCCGUCGAAGAGGAGAUCGUCCUUGAGAACCGCUCCGCUCUGGAAAAGAACGGAUUCAUCGUUACUAUCGACGAAAGUGGCGACGAACCUAUCGGCCGGCGGUGUCAGUUAGUAUCGCUCCCGCUUAGCAAAGAGGUCGUCUUUGGCUCGCGUGAUCUUGAGGAGUUAAUCGUCCUUUUGUCCGAGGCCUCGAGUGUUAGUGGGGUUUCAGUACCCCGGCCUAGCAAGGUGCGCAAGAUGUUUGCUAUGCGGGCGUGUCGGUCUAGUAUCAUGAUUGGGAAGACUUUGACUACGAGGCAGAUGCAGCGGGUUGUGCGGAAUAUGGGGACGAUUGAUAAACCGUGGAAUUGUCCUCAUGGGAGACCGACGAUGCGGCAUUUGAUGAGUCUUGGGCAGUGGGAGGAGUGGGAUGAGUAUGGGAAUGAGUAUACAGGGGAACAGGAAGAGGGAGAAGGAGAAGGGAGAGGGGAGAGACCUGGAGGAUUGGAUGUCUGGAGGAGAUAUGUGGAGGAGGCUAAGAAGGAGGAAGAGGAAGAAGAUGCUGACGAGGAGGAAUGA